AUGUUUCAAACAACAGCACCGUCAACAAGCGCUACACCAACGCAUCGUGCUUCAAACGUAAUUCCUGUUGGCUGUCGUUCGAGUCCAAUGGCUCGGAAGGCUUUUACUCUCAAUUUCAAUGGUCCGAGCCAAGAAAAACGUGAGCUCGAAGAGAUUGAACGGCGGUAUGAAGCAGUUAAAAGAAAUUCUGGAAUUUUGCGACUGAAUGGUGAAAUUGUCAAGGCAGACUUCCGAGAUUUAGAACUAAUUUCUGAGAUAGGCAGUGGCAGUUGUGGACGUGUAUCCAAAAUGAGUUAUAGGGGUCAUGUUAUGGCUGUUAAGGAAAUGGCUCGGACUUCCGAUAAAGAAGACAAUAAACGAAUUAUUAUGGAUCUGGAUGUUAUUUCACGCGCUGAUGCCUCCCAUCAUAUAGUCUUAUGCUAUGGUUAUUUUAUAUCAGAGACAAGUGUUAAAGUAUGCAUGGAAGUGAUGGCUUCGUCUCUUCAUACUCUUUUGCGUAGUGCAAAUCGUUUGGGAAUUCGAAUUGCUGAAGGAUAUAUCGGAAAAAUGUCCGUUAGCAUUAUUCAGGCUUUGGAUUACCUGAAGGACCACCUAAGUGUCAUCCAUCGUGAUGUAAAACCGUCUAACAUUCUACUGGACUGGAACGGAUCCGUAAAAUUGUGCGACUUUGGAAUUAGUGGACAACUGAUUGAAUCUCGUGCCCAUACCAUUCAGGCUGGGUGCCCUCCUUAUAUGGCUCCGGAAAGAUUUGAUCCUCGGUACAAUGCGGAUUAUGAUAUUCGAAGCGAUGUAUGGUCUGUAGGAAUCUCAUUAGUAGAACUGGCCACUGGUAAAUACCCAUAUUCCCAUGUUGGCUGUGAAUUUGCAAUACUUGCUGCUAUUGUACGAGAUCCACCGCCAUCCCUUCCACAGAACAUGAACUUCACUCCUGAGUUCCACGAUUUUAUAUCUCAAUGUCUCCAGAAAGAUUUUCAGAAGCGCCCCAAGUAUAAAGCUCUCUUGCUAAUUCACAUCGAAGUCAAUGUCUCUAAAAUUUCUUUCGAUUUAUCAAAGAAAGCUAAUCUCUACAAGCUUGGUGCAUCGAUUCAUGGUCAUCCAUUCAUUCGAAACGCUGAGCAAGACGAAAGCCACGACCUCAGUAUUCUUGUGCAGGAUGUGCUUGGCGCUUAA